ACCAAUCAGAUCCUGUGUAUUGAAAUCAAUACGGAAGUUACGUUAAGGCGCCAAUUUUGUGUUGUUUGCCUCAAAAUACGUUAUCUCUUGUAUUGGAUGAGACUGAAACUGUGAAAAUGACUGAAAACACUUUCCCUGUCUAUAACGUGGAUGCGAUAGUGAACUUUUACCGAGCUGAAGUUCUCACUGGUCAAGAGUCCAAACACUUCACCAAGGGCGACCUGACUCCGGCUCCAAAGCCGGAGGCGGUUCAGACUCUGUACAUGAGGGUGCUGCACCUACUGUACCGGUUCAGGCCUGAGUGCCACUCUCUGGUUCCACUUUUGGAGAAUAUUCAGUAUCCAGCCAAUCAUGAGGGUGCUACUGCCAUCAUGAGUGUCUACACACGCAUGCGGCAGUUCCUGCCCAUGUGCUUGGUGUAUGAUUUUUCCCUGAAUGACCUCCUAGCUCCAAAAAAACAGAGGACUCUGACCAUUCUGAGUGGCAUCAUGAACUUUCUUCACUUCAGGAAGCAGAGGAUGGAGUUGGUCUUGGAGAAACAGGCCAAAUUUAGAGCAGACAUGGACAAGCUGCAGGCCUACACCAAAGGCAAUCUACAAGCCGAGAAGAAGAUUGAGACGUUGACGACCAUCCCUCCUGAGCAGCAGGCGGAGGCAGAUGAACUGGCAGCUGCCCUUUCUGAGCUCCAGUCCACCACUAUGCACGAAUACCAGGAAGUGAAUGCUAAAAAUGACAUCAUCGCAGAAUGGAAAGCUAAGAUAGCAGAGAAGACACAGAAACUGGCAAGUGACACCAGAUAUGCCCAGGUCAAGGUGGAUCUGACUAACCUGAAGGAGGACAUCUGCAAACUGAAGUCCCAGAUCGUGGAGUCUCCGGAAGAGUUGAAGAGCCAGAUGGAGAAAAUGAGGGAGAACGUCAAGAACAUCAAGAGCUCCAUCGAGGAAACGGACGAGCGUGUGGUGGAACUGCAGAACAUGGUGCAGGGCGUGUCCCACACUGAGGCAGAGAUCCAGCAGACCUACAGCCUCCUGCAGGACCUGGAGAGCAGCAUGAACAACACCAGGCAGCAGCAGGAGAAGUACCAGGAGCUGAUGGCUCGGCACGAGAAGAAGCAGAAGGAGCUGAAGAACCUGUGCAUAGAGGAGGGGCAGCUGAAGCGCGCUCUGGGCAUGAAGCUGGACAAAGAGUGCAAACAUAACAUCCGCAGGCAGAAGAAGAGGGAGAUGAAGGAGCAGCACGUUCAGGAAGUCCUGGGGCAGUGUAACCAAAUCCACCAGAAACGAGAAGAGAUGGCCGACAAAAUCCAGGACAUCUCAGGAGAGACGCAGCAGCUCAAGGCCAGGAUCAAAAGCCUGAGAGACGUCUGCAGCAAAGAGACGGACAAAGCUCAGGCGCUGUACGACACCCUGUCAGCCUCCAUGGAUGAGCUGCACCGGAGGAUCCAGGUGCACGUCACAGACCUGAAGCUAAAUGUCACCAACAUGUCCGCCAACUUCUGACAGUGCUGCUUUUCAUUUUUAUGUUUAAACCUUUUUGUGUCUUUCUAUUUAAAACAUGAAAUUCAAGUUAAUGUUAGUCAACUUGAACUAUUUUAUGGUGUUAAGUUCUUAAAAUAAAAAUUUUAGUCCAGUUUUUGCUAACAGUUUACUCGUUCUUUGAGCAGCUACAACUUCUGUGCAACAUAGCUGAUCACUGCAAUAAAAUCAUUUUAUCUCUUUG